AUGGUGAGUCGGGGUGUGCCUCCGGCGGCUGGGGCGCUGCCCCAGACCCCGUUGCUCCUGCUUCGCAGGAGGAUUUGCUUGGAUUGUGGGGAAGGAGGGGGGUCGAUACUAACGGAGGUAGAACAGGUGAUUCGCAAGAGCUCGGCGGUGUCACCGAGCCAUGUGUCUAUCGUGGUUGCGUCGUCAUUGUCUGGCGUUUACACAGAAGUUCCCCAGUAUCUCUACCAAGAGCUCACAGAUGGCAAAAUCCUGGCAGUUGUAGUCGAGGACCCCGAACGCAGCGCCAACCGACUCGUAUCCGCCAUUGCGACCGAAUCGCACUCGGUCACCCCAGACGCUCGACUCGAGCGAAGCGAGAGGAGCCGGGGGGUCUGGGGCGCAGCCCCAGCCGCCGGAGGCAGGCAGCCCACCCAGCUGGAGGCUGGAUCAGUAGGGUAUACCAGUUUGUUCAGCGACUUUGUUGGAGCUCAAACGAGGGUGAAGUAUGUCACGGCAGAGAUGUUGUUGAGAGAGGCUCUCGUGGACCCGCUGCUGAGGUCAUAUGGGAUUGUGUAUGUUGAGGAUUUCCAUGAACGGGCAGCGUGGACUGAUAUUCUGCUGGGAGUGACCAAGAAGGUUCUCAAGGUGAGACCAGAUGAUUUGAGAGUUGUGGUUCACUCGGUAACAGACGAUGUUGUCGAAUUGUUACGGCGAUUUUUCUCGCCAGGUGAAGACGAGAAGACGAGACCAUUUGUGGUUCAGGUGAAAGAAGGAGAGGAAAAGUCGUCUUUAGUGAAUCAUGUCGAUGUGCUGUACUCGACUCAGUCGUAUGGAGAUUAUGUCAAGGCAGCUGUAGAUACAGUCACGAGUCUCUACAGUGGUGAGUCGAGAAGACUAGUCGAAACAGCUACGGUGGUAGUGUUUUUGGCGUCGAAAGGUGAUGUCAGUCGAGCUUCACAGCUGCUGAAGUACCAUUCGGGUCUGCCUCAGGGAAUCGGUAUAGCCACAGAAGUCGAGACGCUGGAUAUGAAAGAUUUGUCGCAAGGUGGUCUUAUUGUGUUGACGUGUGAAAAUGGUGCUGAAACCAACUUCAAAAUGCUUUCUUGUGGAACAGUUCAGUUUGUUGUCGACUGUGGUUACCGCGGCUAUAAGUGGUUUCAAGGAGCUAGCGACGGUAGAGGGAAUGCCGAUAUUAAUGAUACAGUGAAUUUUCCGGUGGCCAAAUCGCAAGCCGAGUUACGGAAAUUACUGGCAUCUCACGCUGACGGACCUGGCAAAUGUUUUCGUCUUUAUACAGAAGCUGCUGCUUUUAAUGUUCUUACUGAUGGAUAUAUCCCACAGAUCCAAGGAAGUUCCCAACUGCCGGAAAUCAUCUUACGCCUUAAAGCAUUAGGUAUCGACAACAUAGCCAGAUCGUUUCCUUUUCUCACUGCCCCAUCGGUAGACGUCAUUUCACGGACACUGAGUUUACUCUGGUGGCAUAAGAUUAUUGACGACUAUGGCAAACUAACCGCUAUGGGCGAGAAACUAGCACUACUACCUCUGGAUAUUCGUCUUGGUCGAGCUGUCUACCUUGCUGCUCAAACUGGCUGUUUAUCUGAAAUGAUUACUAUUGCAGCUAUGGUAGCUGUUGGCGGGCUGUCAGCAGUGUUGAUGAAAUCAGAGCAGGCCAUGGCUGAUCAUAAACAGUUCUACACAGUCGAGGGUGACUAUCUCACUUUACUCAACAUUUACGCACUGUACAUCUCUACAAGAAAACGAGACGGUGUCUCGUUCAUUAACAAAUGGGCCAAGAAUCACGGAAUCCAUGGCGACGUUCUAGAAGGAGCUCGAAAUAUUCGGUCUCAACUACAAACGGCAGUCAAUCGAACUGGACUCAGACAACUGGAUACCACUGGCAAAUCAACAUCUUCAGCACCUUCGAACCCUUCAGAACUCGCUAACACCAUCUCGAACUGCAUCACUCAAGCAUUCUUCCUCCAAGUUGCCAAACGCAUCUCCCACAACACCUACGAGCUCGUCGGUCCCCACUCCAACUCCUCCUCUACGGCCCUACCCGAUACAUUCUGUGUCUACAGUGACCUCACUAAACCACUCACCUCUCCCUGGGUAGUAUACGAAAAACUCACCCAAGGCACCGACGGCAAUAUCUACCUUACUGGCGUCAACAUGGCCGACCGAGCCACUCUCGAGCUCACCAACUACUACAAAUCCAUCCGUCGGUGA